AUGGCAUCUGGCUUACCCGCGGGCUCUUUCAGCGAAGAGCUGAGGUGCCCGGUCUGCGUUGACCUCUUCACGGCUCCGGUCACCCUGGCGUGUGGGCACAGCCUCUGCCAAGCCUGCAUGGAUCGUGGCUGGGAGGCGGGCAAACAUCUCUGCCCAAAGUGCCAGGAGCCCAUCGCUCACCAUGACCUCAAGGUCAAUGAGGUGCUGGCCAGGCUGGCGGAGAGAGCCCGGGCGCAGGGGCAAUGCCAAGGGCCGAGAGAGGGCGAGCAUCGCUGCCCACUGCACAAUGAGGACCUCAAGCUCUUCUGUGAGACAGACCUGCAGCUGAUCUGCGUGGUGUGCAGAGAUGGCUUACAGCACCGAGAUCACAGCUGCCGGCCUCUGAACGACGCCGUGGAUAUCUUUAAGCACAAUCUGAAUGCCACCAUCGACUCGCUCAGAGCCUGCCAGGCAGCAGUCCUGGAAUCCGAACUCAAUCACGAGCAACAUAUGCGUACAGUAAAAGAGCAGGCCGGCCGUUUGCUGAACCACAUCACGGCCGAGUUCUCUCAGAUGCGGCAGAUCCUGGACGAGAAAGAGGCGCGUUUGAUCCAGGAGCUGAAGGACAGAGAAACGGACGUGCUGAAAGCGACCGGUGAAAGUCUCUGCCUGAUCGAGAGCGACUUGAGAGCCAUCGAGCACGAGUUAGAGAGCUGCUGGAAGAGGUUCAACGAACCAAACCCGAUGACCUUUCUGAAGGGCGAGUCUUCGCGGACCAGCGGAAGAACGGCAAACUACAAAUGUCUGUCCCUGGUCCCCAGCGAACUCCCGCUUGGGCCGUUCACAGGUCCCUUGCAGUAUAAAGUGUGGAAGGAAAUGUUCAGUCUUAUCAGUCCGGUCCCGGCAUUCAUGACCCUGGAUGCCAGAACAGCCCACCCGCAUCUCAUCGUGUCCGAGGACCUGAUUAGUGUGAGGUAUUCCGAUGAUUUCCAGGUGCUCCCGGAUACCCCAGAGAGGUUCGAUGAGUGUGUCAGUGUCCUGGGAUCUCAGGGCUUCACAUCAGGGAGACAUUACUGGGAGGUGCAGGUGGGCAAUAAGACCAAGUGGGAUUUGGGGGUGGCCAGAGAGUCCAUCAACAGGAAGGGCUCAAUUCUUCCCUCUCCUGGUACCGGAUACUGGCUCUUAGGGCUCCGGAACAGGAAUGAAUAUGAAGCUCGAACCUCACCCACCACUCUCCUGACCCAGGGAACCAAUCCUCGGAAGAUCGGAGUUUACCUGGACUAUGAGGGGGGACAGGUUUCAUUUUACAACGCUGAUAACAUGUCUCAUCUUUACACCUUCACUGAAACUUUCACUGAGAAACUUUAUCCCGACUUCAGCCCCUGUUUGAACGAGGACGGGAAGAAUGCGGAGCCGCUGAGAAUCUCCCUGAACCGUCCCCGAUCCGCCAAGCCCUGCCCUGCCCUGCCCUCCCUACCGGUUGAUCGAGUCAGACCGAAGAAGAUGGCUUCCUGGAGCGAGACCGAGCUGCUGACAGAGGAGCUGAUCUGCUCGGUUUGCCUGGAGAUCUUCGCCGACCCGGUCACUCUGCAGUGCGGUCACUGCUUUUGCCGAGCCUGUAUCACCCGGUACUGGGGGCGUCCGGGGGUGCGGAGGUGCCCCCACUGCCGCCAGAGCUUUACAGAGGGGGACCUGAGGCAAAGCCGAGUGCUGGGGAACCUGGCUGAUAAAGCUCGAGGUCUGAGCCUGAGAAGGAGCUGCGAGGAGCGGGAAGGAGAUCUGAAGUCCAGCGAGGAUCACCACAAACCUAUCUGCUUGGCGUGUGGGGGGGAGUGGCGGGACAGUCACCGGGAAGUGGCUGACACACAAGGCAAGGACAAUUUCACAGUCGCCGAAGUCUCCCUGAAAGAGAGGAAAGCAGCGGUUUGUGAUGCAAAAACGAGACAGGAGGAGAAUAUCACGGAUAUUAAAGAACAGGCGAGCAGUCUGCAGAAUCACAUCGCGGGUGAGUUCGCUAAAAUGCAUCAGAGCCUCUAUGACAGAGAGCAGCGUGUUAUCCGAGAGCUCAGACAGCGAGAGGAGGAGAUUCUACAGCGAAUGGAAACCAAUCUGCAAGAGAUUCAAGACAAUUUAGACUCUGUUGAGAGAGAGCUGUUAACAAUACAAAGGCAAAGAGAUCACCAAGAGACAUUCACUGUCCUAAAGGACAAGACGGGUCUGAAGAGAAGGCUCAGCGAAAAAAACAGGGGAACAUCUGCGAUCCACGAAGAUCUCUCUCUGGGAUUGUUCAAGGGGCCUUUACAGUACACGGCGUGGAAAAAGAUUUUAGCCAACAUCAGCCCAGCUCCGGCUUCGCUGACUCUGGAUCCUGACACAGCCCAUCCCCGGCUCAUCCUGUCUGAGGACCUGACCAGUGUGAGACACGGAGACAAGCGGCAGCCGCUCCCUGACACCCCGGAGAGGUUUGAUCCCUACGUCUGUGUCCUGGGAUCUGAGGGCUUCACAUGGGGGAGACAUUACUGGGAGGUGAAGGUGGGGAAAAAGACAAAGUGGGAUGUGGGAGUGGUCGGAGAGUCCGUCGACAGGAAAGGGAAUGCAUCGCCAAUACCGGAGAACGGAUUCUGGAUUGUGUGGCUGAGGAACAGAAACCAAUAUUGUGCUGUCGCCUCACCUCGUACCCGCCUGACCCUGGCAGUGAGACCCAGGAAGAUCGGGGUGUACCUGGACUAUGAGGGGGGACAGGUGUCGUUUUACAACGCUGAUAACAUGUCUCAUCUCCACACUUUCACCGAUACGUUCACCGAGAAACUUUUUCCUUACUUCAGUCCCUGUUUGAACGAAGGGGGAAGAAACUCGGAGUCGCUGAGAAUCUGUCACGUGUAGACAGAUUAAAUCUGACAGACCUGAC